CCACCCGUCCGAAAAUAACAGUCAUUCCGCGAACCUCCGCGAACCACCGCGCCGCUGCCGCACCACGAGACCACGAGUGCCGUUACGAACUGUCAUCAAGUGCUCAUACUGGAUUAAACCCUACAUCAUCGUCUUCCCUCGCGAAAACAAUCGCGACAGAUAAAAAAAAGAAAGGCACGUUUUGCGCGGAAUCAUUCGGCGGUGAAUGUAGUCAGAGGAAAGUUUUCGCCGAGGAUGCUCCCAUCGAAUUUCACACGAGUUCAGUUGUGCUUUCUCUUUCAUCUCCAGACAAAUUAAAAUAUUUCGUGUUUGUCCCCAGAUUUUGAAAAAUUAUCGAUUUUAAAGUUCCGACUCGAUGUGUUCCUAUGAAUUUAAUUUUUAAGUAGACCGUGUCAUGUAGUGCAGUUUUCUGGAGGUUCGCACGAACCAAAAAUUCUCAUAUCAAAUUAAGUUUAUCAAAUUAUAAUGAGUGACACAACGCCGUCUAGAGAGGCCCCAGCACCAACCAUGACUACCGAAUCGCCAGCCAACAGUCUAGAUGUGUACUACAUUCCAAACAUAAACAAUGAAGAAAAAAAUUACAAGAGUAACUGCAAGUCUACCUUAUCUCAGGUUAUCGCGACUCUAGUAGAGAGUCUUCUGAUGGUGGUGCUUGGAACUCAGAGCGUUAUGCCGACCAUUGUUUUGGGGGCUCUUCGUAACAACCCGCACGAAACGCUCAGCCUGAACGAUUAUGACGCUGCUUGGCUAGGGAGCAUCCUGUUCCUGUGUCAGCCGUUCGGGAGCGUGGCCUCCGGGUUCCUGAGCGAGAAGUUCGGGCGCCGCGGGAGCAUGACCCUCAUCAACGUGCCGUUCAUCGUCGGGUGGAUCCUGCUCUACUACGCCUCCUCCGUGACGGGCCUCUUCGCCGCGGUCCUCGUCAUGGGCAUCGGGAUCGGCUUCUGCGAGGCCCCCAUCGCCGCCUACCUCGGCGAGAUCGGCGAGCCCCAUCUUCGAGGCUCCCUCCUCUGCAUCAUGUGCUCGGCCGUGUCGCUCGGCUACCUCUCUACCUUCUUCCUCGGCUCCAUCAUGCCUUGGCGAACUUUUGCACUCGUCAAUGUCAUCUACCCUGUCACCACGAUGAUCCUCUUCACACAAAUUCCUGAGUCUCCGAUUUGGUUAAUUCAUAAAGGACGCCUGAAAGAAGCUCAGAAAGCUUUGGGCUGGCUCAGAGGAUUCGUGGAGCCCCGUCGUGUUCAGCAAGAAUUCGAUCGCAUGGUCAAACAUAUCGAAGCCUCAAAAUCAUCCGACCGUCCAAAAGGAAAUGUGGAAAGCCAAGACGAUGGUUCGUGCGAAAGCAAGUUUACAGUCAUCAAGAGGAUAUGCGAGCUGCGAAACAAGAAGUUAUAUCUGCCGCUGAGAUUGGUCUUCAUCACGUUCAUUUUUACACAGUGUAUGUGUCUCCAAGCCUUCAAGCCUUACCUGGUCAACAUUUUGGACACCUUCAAGUUUCCCGUUGACUCUAAAUGGGUUCUCGUGAUGAUUGGUCUGAUGAAUUUCGUCGGAUCCGCGAUGCCGUUGUUCAUCUUCCGAUUCACGGGGAAGCGUCAACUGAUCCUGUGCAACCAGUUCAUCUGCGUCGUCGGGGUGUUCGCGUUGGGGCUUUACUGCAGUUUCCUCAACGACACCCUCGACACCAACAGCGACUGGCGAUGGCUCCCCAUCGUCCUAUUCGCCAUUGUCUUCUUCUCCGCGAGCACCGGCAUUAUGAAUAUUCCAUGGAUGCUAAUGGGAGAGGUCUUCCCCAUACAGUAUCGCAGCUUUGCGAACGGAUUGUGCGGCGCCUGGGCGUACUGCGUGACAUUCGUUACGGCAAGGCUCUACCUGCCGAUGGAACACGUUCUCUCCUUGAGUGGCAUGUUCUACCUUUACGGAAUUGUCGGCAUCCUCGGGUUCUUCUACUUUUUGUUCUUCUUGCCAGAGACCGAGGGCAAGACACUGGAGAAAAUCGAAUCUUAUUUCACGCCUCACCACGACAAGAAAGAAAAAUUCACACGACCGAAAAGAUGAACGUAUACUGGACGCGUAUCAUGAGAAAAACGGAAGUAAUGAUCUGUAAGAGUCAAAGCUCCAACUUCGAAGAAGUUUCGAUGAAGUUUUGCUCUUCGCCUAGUGGCUCCACAUACUGAGAUGGAGACAGAUGUUUUCCAGAAACUUUCCAGGAGGCCUCAAAAUCGAAUUGAGGUGUCCCUUGAGCUUUGAGCUCGACCAUGUGUUUUAAAACCUUACAGAGAAACUCACAAAAAGGAUGGAUCGGAGAUCUAUUUUUUAAGUUUUGAUUGCUCGAAAAUUUAUUUUUAAAGUAUUGAUGAAUCAGGAAUCUAUUUUUAAAUUAUAUUGAUGAAUCAAAAAUCUAUUUUUAAAUCAUUGACGUGAAAAAUAAUUGUGAUUUAGUGUUAAUUUUGCUCACGCUGAAUGACGUUACUUCAAUUUCAUUCUCGCCCAUCUCGACGUCGCAUAUGGUCACCCAAAAAUCCACGUUGGCAUCAACUUCUGUUAAGUAGUUGAACAUCUCUACCAACCAUGUACACCUGUAAAAAUUUUAGAUAUUUUCGUGGCCAACGCUUCAAAAAAUGACGUACUAUUACAGACGCCUCUCUUUAGAGAUGCCUCAGACUUUUCUGAAGUGGUUGUGCAAAUAUUUUCGUGUUCCUCUGCAGAAAUCUACAUCAAAGUUGUAAAAUUCAAGGAAAAAAUAAUUUUUUAAUGAGUUACUCAUUUUUUUGUAAUAUUUUUAUAUACCUACUUUAGUUGUAAUAAAUGAAAUUUAGCAACAUGUA